AUUCAGUAAUGCUUGAACCAUUGAAGUGAAUAGUUGGGUAAUAAAUUUAGAGCUCUAAUCCAUACGAAAAACUAAGAGAAGAAGGAUAACAUGGUGUUUAUCGAAUUGGGACUUGUGUCCUUGCUACUCCUAUACAUUUUCUACAAAUGGGCUACAUUUAAAUACAAUACAUUUAAAGAGCGUGGAGUGCCUUACGAAGAGCCUUGGCCUCUGGUGGGUAACGCGGGGGCGGUGGUGUUGAAUAGAGAAGGCUUCAAUAAGACGGUCCUCAAAUUUUAUCAACGCAAUAAAGAUCACGAUAUUGUCGGGUUCUACAAUUUUCGUUCUCCUGUAUUCGUGGUACAAAAUCCCGAUUAUAUCAAAAAGAUGACUGUAAAAGAUUUUGAUUUCUUCGUAAACCACACACCGUUUUUUAAAGCCGACGACGAUCCUCUCAUUAACGGAAUGCUGACUGUAAUGAAGGAUCAACGCUGGAAAAAUAUGCGCAACACACUUUCUCCGAUCUUUACCGCCGCCAAGAUGCGCGCCAUGUUUAGUUUGAUGAACGAAUGUCUGAAUGAAUGUUUAGGAAGGCUUCGUGAUGCGACCAAAGGUGGAAAGAGUCACGAUAUAGAACUCAAAGGUUGGUUUACGCGCUUGUCAAAUGAUAUUAUUGCCUCAACUGCAUUUGGUUUGAAGAUCAAUUCUUAUGAGGAUAAGAACAAUGAGUUCUACAUGAUCGGACAAUCGAUUUCAAAUUUCCGCGGCAAACAAAUGCUCAAAUUCUUUGUUUCUAAUACAAUGCCCAUUGUACAAAAGAUCCUGGGGUAUAAAAUAUUUGAUACCGAUAAAACGGAUUACUUCAAACGACUAGUUAUAGACACAAUGAAAUAUCGACAAGAGAAUAAAAUCCAUAGGCCGGAUAUGAUCCAGUUAUUGAUCGAAGCCAAACAGGAGUCCGACCAAAACUGGUCUGACGAUGACAUUGUAGCACAAUGCUUUAUUUUCUUUUUCGCCGCUUUUGAAAAUAAUGCCAAUUUCACCUCGGUAAUCUGUCAUGAGCUAAUGGAAAAUCCUGAAGUACAAGAACGAUUAUACGAAGAGGCACUAGAGGUGCGUGAGGAACUUAACGGAAAACCUUUAACUUACGAGGCAGUGAUGAAAAUGAAGUACAUGGACAUGGUCACUUCCGAAACAUUACGUAAAUGGAAUCUUGCUGGAUUUACAGAUCGCUUGUGCUCUAAGGAUUACGACCUCACUGAUGAUGAUGGAAACUUGGUAUUUAAAUUUAAAACUGAUGACUAUGUGUGGUUUCCCAUCAUUGGUCUGCACUAUAAUGAAAAGUAUUUCGAGGAUCCCGACGCAUUUAAUCCUGAACGUUUUAGCGAUGAAAACAAAGACAAUAUUAAACCCUUUACGUACCUGCCAUUCGGUGUGGGGCCACGAAUGUGCAUAGGUAAUAGGUAUGCAUUGAUGCAAGCCAAGGCUAUGAUGUACUAUAUGAUAUUGGACUUCAAGUUGGUGCGUUCUCCGAAAACGGUGAAAAACAUAAUGGAUGAUAUACGUGGUUUUCAAAUAAACCCGAUGGGCGGGUUCUGGGUUCGCCUUAUUCCACGCGCAUAAUCUUGAAUCGAACAUGUCAAAUUCGCAAAUAUGUACAUACAUAUGUACAUCAAAAUAUUGUUAUUCUAGUUGCUUUAGUGAGUAGCCGAUUAGAAUUUUAAUUUACUAUUGUUUAUGCAAAGCAUGUGUCUAUGUUUAUGAAUUCUUGUAUAUACUUAUGUAACUGUAAAGAGUUUUGCAUAUGAGAUUGAAUAAUUGUUUGUUUUUUAUAUUUUUUUAAUUUACUUAAUAUACUCUCUUUUUU